AUGGGAGGCUAAGAUAAAUUAAAUAAUCCUGAGGAGUAUGAAUUAUAGCAAGUUCUUAAACUCCAUGACUAGGAAAGCAAUUAAGAAAUCAUAUAAAUACCACCUCCAGUAAAAAAAGAGGAUGGAGGUAUUACAGAGGAUCAAAUGAGAUAUAAAAUAUACAAUUUCUUGUUUGAAGAAGAGCUGACUCUUAAAAAUACUCCUUCAAAGGUCUUAAACUUACUUCGUGCUUCUAUCCCAAACAUAUUUACUCAGCUUAGUACAACAUUCUUCUUGUUUGUAAAUAUGUACUUCAUUCAAAAGACAAAAAGUCCUCUUAUAGUUGGUGCUUAUGGCUUAGCUACCACAUGGUUCCAUUCUGCUUGUUAUUCUGCAUUACUUUCUUUGAAUAAUGGAUUGUUUACUCAAGUAGCUUAAGCUUAUGGAGCAUAGAAUUUCAAACUUAUUGGAUAGUUAUUUAAUAAAGCAUUAUCUAUAGCACUCACUUUCUCUUGUCUUGCAUUAAUUAUGAUUCUAAAUACAGCUAAUAUUAUGAUAUUUUUUGGAAUCAAAGAAGAAACAGCUAUAAUAGCUUAAGAAUUUGUUGUAUGGUUGAUCCCUUCAUUAUUUUUAGUAGCAAUAUCUGAUUGUUUGAGAAAUGCUCUUUUAGGUAUUUAAAAGAUGGAUCUAGUCAUGAAUUCCUAUAUGCUUUCUUAUUUGAUGCAUCCUAUAUGGCUUCUUAUUUUCUUUGACCAUUUUGGAAUGGUAGUAAUCGGUAUGUCACUUGCAAGAUGCAUUUCUGAUUUAAAUAUUUUACUCAAUCUGUUAUACAACAUUCACAAAGAAAAGAAAACAUGCAAAAUAUUAAAUGAAAUAUAUUAGCCCUUUUUUGAAAUGGAAACUCUUAGAGGAUGGUUAAAAUAUUUAAAGGUUGCUAUCCCAGUAGGAUCUAUUGUUUAUUUAGAAUGGGCUUUUUAUGAAGUCACAACUAUUAUUGUUGGUAUGCUUUAAGAUGAUAAUUAAUUAGCUGGUCAUACUUCUUUCUAAAGUAUGACAUUAUUCUUUUACAUGAUGCCUUUAGGUCUUUCUAUGAGUGUUAAUUCUUUCUUAGGUAGCUGUGUUGGUGAUGGAAAAAAGAAAAUAGCAAUUAAUUUCUAUAAAAUUUCAAUAUAUGCUUGUCUAUUAGAAAUUGUUGUUUUCAUGAUUGUUGGUGUCGUGUUACAUCCUAUAUUUAGAAGCUUUUUAGUUACUUCAGAAGAAAUUGGUUAUUAUUAUGAUAUAUGCUAUAACAUUUAUAUUUUUGGAUAUAUAAUUCCUGAUUACAUAUAGUGCAUUUUUGGUGCUAUCCUUCGUUCUGCAGGUCUUGAGUAAAGAGCCAUGAUGAUUUACAUUAUUGGGUUCUACGCUAUAGGUUUCCCUACUUCUCUUUUCAUGGUUUUCACUUUAGAUUUAGAAGUUGCUGGUAUAUGGUAUGGUCUUAUUAUAGCUUCUGGAGCAUCUUCCUUGAUAUUUUACUAUGAAAUUCAAAGAAUGGAUUGGGAUAAAUGCAUAGAAUUUGUAAAGGAAAGAGUAGAUAACGAAAAAUAAGAAUAAGAAAAUUUAAAGUAAGUUAGCAACAGAAUGUCUUCAAUGAUGGGAAACCAUGAUUUGUAAGUUGCUUAAAUUAGACCUAGCAUGCUUUGA